AUUACGAACGAGACUGAAUUAAAAAGCAAAAUGGCUGCGCCCACUAACGUGUCGUCACCAAUGUUUGUAAUUGGUUUUCUUUGCUUAUUUGUCGUGAUCUGCUUAUUUAGGUUAUUAUUUGUCAUGAUUAAUCUCGGAAAGAUAAAGACAAAACAUCCGAAUGCAGUGAAAACUUUGAUCGUCGCAGGAUCAGGGGGCCACACAACUGAAGUCAUCCGCCUCCUAGGUAGCAUGUCAGACGUCUAUUCUCCCCGUGUGUAUGUAUAUGCUAAUACAGACAAAAUCAGUGAGGAUAAGAUCAGGACAUUCGAAGAGAGCAAGACUGCAAAAGGGGAUAGUCAAAAUUAUAUCAUAGAGAAGAUUCCGCGCAGCAGAGAAGUACGGCAAUCCUACCUCACCAGUACUAUCUCAACUCUUUAUGCUACAUUAUUUGCCUUCUCCAUCAUCUUCAAACAUUCUCCGGACUUGCUACUUGUAAAUGGGCCUGGAACCUGUAUCCCGCUUUGUGCUGCUGCAUUUGCAAUGAGGUUUCUAGGUGUGAAGCCCGUCAUUCAAGUCUAUGUAGAGAGUAUCUGUAGAGUUGAAUACUUGUCGCUCUCCGGGCUCAUCAUGUACUACUUUGCUGAUCAUCUCGUAGUCCAGUGGCCAUCACUGAAGGAAAAAUAUCCAAAAGCAGUUUAUCUGGGCAGGGUAGUCUAGUAUUUAAGUAACAUAUUAUAAAUAAUAAUAAUAAUAUGACAAUUUGUAUAGUGCAGCUUCUAUACAAAUACCUGUAUAUUCUGCUCGCUUAGAACAAAGUAUCAUAUUACUACCCCGGCUGUAGCUAAGCAAUAAUAAGGUGCUAAAUUGUCAAAGGAAUUUCUUCCUUCCGGGUAGGCAUGGUUCCCAUAUACUUCAACCCUCUACUGUCAACCAACUUAUGCCUGGGUGGAGGUAUGCGGCAAAGAAUAAUAGUGCCAGGUUGGAAGUGAGAGCCGAGUGAAUGAAAUGUUUAAUUUUAAUUUUUAAUUCGGUUUUCUUUAAAUUCUAAAUGAAAGAAAUGAAGCUACUGCUAAUGAAUGGAGCUACACUGUAUCAAAAGCACCCAGUGCAAUGUUUAACUCAAUUAUUAAAGGAAUAACCUUUCCAAUUAUCUAUUUGUUAAAAGAAGGAAAGAAGAUCAUAAUUUCAGACUGAAUUGGAAUUUACACUUAGCAGUGCUUCGUAAUGACAACAAAAUAAUACAUUUAUUUAUUAUUCAGCAAAUAAAAUGUAUGUAGAAUUACUGUGUACAUGGUUAAAAUGAUAUUGAAUGCCUUUAACAUAUUAUCAAGAUGGCUGAUGCUGAUAGAUUCUUUACAACAUCAAAAUGAUUGUUACUAAAAUUGUCAAAUUGAUAUAUUUUGCCACAGGUUUCUGUAUAUUUGAUAUUGAAGUGAAAUAAAUUAUAUGGAUAUAGCACUAA